AUGGCUGCCACAAUGAAGCAUAUGAUGACAAAUUUCUCCAAGCUUGAUAAGUUUGAAGGAAUGGACUUUCGGAGAUGGCAAAAGAAGAUGCACUUUCUCCUUACCACCAUGAAAGUGGUUUAUGUGUUGAGCACUCCUUGUCCAGAAGAUGGUGAUGAUGCAACUGUUGAUCAAACUCGGAAAAGGAACAAAUGGGAGAAUGAUGACUACAUUGCUCGAGGAUUAAUCCUCAAUGGUAUGUCUGAUGCUCUUUUUGAUAUUUACCAAAAUCAUGCUUUUGCUAAAGGACUAUGGGACUCUUUAGAGACCAAGUAUAUGACUGAGGAUGCCUCUGGUCAAUUCACACAACAUAAAAUGAAUAUGGAUGAGGCUAUUCAAGUCUCUAGUAUCAUUGAUACUCCGUCGUGGAAAUAAUUUAAACAUUCUUUGAAACACAAAAAGGAGGAGUUAACUCUUGUUGAGUUGGGUAGUCAUUUGCGUAUUGAGGAAUCCCUCAGGGCGCAAGAUAUUGACAACGUUGCUGGUACGUCUUCUGUCAAUAUGGUGGAACAUAAAAAAUCCACUGGAUAUAAUGACAAGAAGGGGAAACGAAAACAUCAAGAAACUAACAAAGCUGGUCCCAACAAGAAGUCUAAGUUAGCUUGUUGGAAGUGUGGCAAAUCUGGACACUUGAAACGGGAUUGUAGAGUUAAUAUUGGUAAUAAAAAUACCAAUGGAUCCGGCACAAGCGGUUCGGGAAAUGGUUUUAACAACCAAAACUCGAAAGGAUGAUGAUGUUGCGUGGUGGGUUGACUCGGGUACUAAUACCCAUGUGUGCAAGGAUAGAUGUUGGUUCAAGACUUACGA